GCGCUGCGCUGGUUCACCACCGUGGUCCUGUACGCCGCCUUCCUGGGGCUGGGAAUGAAUGUCGCUAUAUUGGGACCCACGUUUCAAGAUCUGGCAACAAAUGUGAACCGAAACAUCAGCAGUCUUUCUCAAAUUUUUGUGGGCCGUGCCUUCGGAUAUUUGAGUGGCUCUGUGAUUGGUGGAAUACUUUUUGACAGUGUAAAUCAUUUUUUACUUUUGGGGGUGUCAACACUGGUUACCACAGUAGGUCUUUACCUUGUUCCGUUUUGCAAGACAGCUGUAUUACUGAUCGUCGUGAUGUCUGUCUUUGGUGUUUCCUUUGGCAUUUUGGAUACAGGUGGUAAUGUGCUUAUCUUGGCUCUCUGGGGAGACAAAGGAGCCCCCCAUUUGCAGGCCUUACACUUCAGUUUUGCCUUGGGAGCCGUUUUGGCGCCCCUGCUCGCUAAAUUGGCAUUGGGUACGACAGAGCCUGCUGGGAACCGCACGGAGCCCGACCCUCUCCACCCUGCCCUCAACCAGUCACCUGAGGCAGACUCAGGACCUGUGUUUGGAGUCCCUGAGGACAUGAAUUUACUGUGGGCUUAUGCUGUCAUCGGGACUUACGUUUUCAUAGUUUCUUCCUUUCUGUUUGUGCUGUUUUUCAAGAAAAGCUCAAGAGGGCCAAAAGCAAAAAUGUCUGCUAGGACAUCUCGAAGGGCGAAAUACCACCACACCCUUCUCUGCCUCCUUUUUCUGUUCUUCUUUUUUUAUGUUGGUGCCGAGGUCACCUAUGGCUCUUAUGUGUUCUCGUUUGCCACCACCCACGUGGGCAUGGAAGAGAGCGAGGCGGCCGGGCUGAACUCCAUCUUCUGGGCCACGUUCGCAGCCUGCAGGGGCCUGGCCAUCAUUUUUGCGACGUGUUUACAGCCCAGCACCAUGAUUGUGUUGAGCAAUGUUGGCAGCCUGGCUUCGUCUUUCUUCCUGGUGCUUUUUGACAAGAGCCCGGUUUGCCUCUGGGUUGCAACGUCGGUGUAUGGGGCGUCGAUGGCAACCACGUUUCCCAGCGGCGUGUCCUGGAUCGAGCAGUACACGACCAUCCACGGGAAGUCAGCAGCCUUCUUUGUAGUUGGCGGCACCUUGGGAGAAAUGGCUAUUCCUGCAGUAGUUGGAAUUCUUCAAGGAAGAUACCCUGACCUGCCCGUCAUUCUGUAUACGUGUUUGGGGUCGGCAGUAUUCACUGUUAUUUUAUUCCCUGUGAUGUAUAAAUUAGCCACCUGGCCUCUAACUCAUGAGAGGAAAGCAAACAGAAAGAGCGAGGACCAGAGAGUUUACUCUUUACUUCUGGCGGACUAUGAAGAAGAGUAUGAAGACGAAGAUGCAGAAGAAUGGAAUGAGAUGGAUUUUGAAGUGGUUGACAUGCAGGAUCCAUUGAGGCCCUCUGUGACAGAGCCAUCUAGAAAUCCUCUGAUGGCGCCCACCUUGGAAGUGUCUGACCAGUUUCUUGCUAAUGCGGUGGUGUAGGAGUGCUCUCUGCGCCAGACUGGCAGUUCCUUUGGGGAGCACUCGCCAGAGACCAGGGCAGAGGGGACCAGCACUGAGAGCAGAGGGCUCCUUUAUUGGCGCCCUUGGUGAUCACCACUUGAAGGGGCCAGGCAGAGCUGAGCAUCGCAGGUUGUCAGCCUGCUUUGGGCAGCAACAGUUCUAGGUCCCUUCAUAGCAAAGGCCAGCAAGUGUUGAAAUGUUCGCUGCUCCCUGAUUCUUCCCUACGUAGCCCAGGGGUCUCCCACAGCAGGAGCUGUAUGAGGCUAGUGUUUGGCAUGUGACUGACUAGGCAAUAUUUUCUGGUCUUCACCCCUUCAGAGCAUGCAAAGAAGUCGCUUGUUUUGAGAAGCUGGGUAAUGUUCUGUGGGACAAAAUCCUUAGAAGUGGAGUUGAUUUGCUGAACAAAUUAGCAGGCAUCAAAAUAGUGCCAGGGAAGCUGGGGAAAGUAAAUGGCCAGUUUUUAUUACUCACUUGGCCUUAUCUAGGCUGAGUCAAAGAAUGCUAAUGACUCUUGUGUGUUUUGCUUUCCAAGAACAGAACACAGCCCAGGGCUUUCAGUUCAUCUCCUGGACUUUGUGAUUCUAGAAAUGAAAAGGAGGAUUUUCACAUUAGGAAUCUAUCAACUUUUUUUUGAUUUAACAAUUUUAAUCCAUUCAGCCAGUCUAUAUCUUUUUUUAAAUUU